AUGGCUCCCGGUGUCGCGCAAAAUUCUGAGAACAUAUUGAAUGAGACGUUGACAAUUGCGAAUGGAAAUGGAAGUGUGUUAGACCAAGUCGGGCCUCUAAAGUCGUGUCCCGUAGAGUUGCCGUGCGUGAAGACCAAGCCUGUUCGAAGGGUCGUCAGGCCUAAGGUGCUGAAGAAUCUUGAGAGUCGGGAAUACUUGUAUGAUCGGCUGUAUGCUACUACGUGUCCUAGAGCACCGACGCUAUGCAACGAGAAGGCGUGCCUUGGCAGUCUGAUGGCUAUCCCCGGCCGCGGCGACGUGCCAAGAGAACCCGAGGAAGUUCUCAACGAUGCCAAGGAUUUUCUUGGACAGUACUUCGCUUCUAUACGCAGAGCGAACACCCCAGCUCACGAGGCUCGCUGGAAGGCGGUACAAGAGGAGGUGGCUAAGACUGGCACCUACCAGCUGACUACCACUGAGCUGGUGUUCGGCGCCAAACUAGCGUGGAGGAAUGCCAGUCGAUGCAUCGGGAGGAUACAGUGGUCUAAGUUACAGGUAUUCGAUUGCCGGCAAGUGACAACUACGAGCGGUAUGUUCGAAGCACUCUGCAACCACAUCAAAUACAGCACCAACAAAGGGAAUAUUAGGUCAGCAAUGACGGUGUUCCCACAACGCACAGAUGGACAGCAUGACUAUAGGAUAUGGAACAGCCAGCUCAUCAGCUACGCUGGGUAUAGACAGCCUGAUGGCACCGUGCUCGGAGAUCCAAUGCAUUGUGAAUUUACUGAGCUUUGUCUCAAGUUGGGGUGGAAACCCCCCCGGACCGCGUGGGACAUUCUGCCCCUAGUCUUGUCUGCUAAUGGAAAAGACCCGGACUACUUCGACAUCCCCAGGGAACUUGUCAUGGAGAUAAAUAUGACCCACCCCACGUACGAAUGGUUUGAAGAGCUAAAUCUCCGAUGGUACGCCUUACCAGCGGUUGCCAACAUGCGUUUUGACUGCGGCGGUAUUGAAUUCACUGCGAAUGCUUUCAACGGCUGGUACAUGAGUACUGAGAUCGGCUGCAGAAACUUCUGUGAUACCAACCGGCUGAAUAUGUUGGAGAAAGUGGCCCAGAAAAUGGGUUUGGAUACAAGGACUCCGGUCAAUCUUUGGAAGGAUAAGUCUCUCGUGGAGUGCAACGUUGCUGUAUUGCAUAGUUUCCAACAGCAUAAUGCUACUAUUGUUGAUCACCACACAGCUUCUGAGAGCUUUAUCAAGCAUUUGGAUAACGAAAACAGAUUGAGGUCCGGGUGCCCAUCCGAUUGGAUCUGGAUUGUUCCUCCAAUGUCGUCAUCUAUAACUCCUGUAUUCCACCAAGAGAUGGCGCUGUACUAUUUGAAACCCUCCUACGAAUAUCAGGAACCCGCAUGGAAAACUCAUCAGUGGCAGAAAUCCAAGCCAAUAACGGGCAAGAGGCCAAUCAAUAGGAAAUUCCAUUUCAAGCAAAUCGCCCGGGCUGUCAAGUUCACCUCCAAACUAUUUGGGCGAGCCCUCUCCAAGAGGAUCAAAGCUACUGUCCUUUAUGCAACCGAAACUGGAAAAUCAGAACAGUUUGCCAAGGAAUUAGGCGUUAUUUUUGGACACGCUUUUAAUGCUCAAGUACACUGCAUGGCUGAUUACGAUAUAACAUCGAUAGAGCAUGAAGCUCUGCUUCUAGUUGUGACGUCAACUUUCGGAAAUGGAGAUCCUCCUGAAAACGGCGUUGCAUUUGGAGAACAUCUUUGCGAGCUAUUGUAUGCUGAUCAGGUUGGUGAAGAAGGCUCAGGAAAUCAAAUGUUGACCCCAAAAUCAUUCAUUAAAGCCAACAGCCAGAUGGAACUACAGAGAUACGCUGGUAAUCCCAAGAAGUUAAGCCGAUUAGAAUCUUUGAAAGGCAGCACGACAGAUGCCACAUCCAUAGACAGCUUUGGACCUCUAAGCAACGUUCGUUUCGCGGUAUUCGCACUAGGAUCGAGUGCGUAUCCGAAUUUCUGUAACUUCGGCAAAUACGUUGACAAGUUGCUCGGCGACCUCGGAGGGGAACGAAUUCACGACCUUGCGACCGGCGACGAAAUGUGCGGACAAGACCAGGCCUUCCGGAAGUGGGCCUCUGGCGUCUUUAAUGUUUCCUGCGAAACAUUCUGCUUGGAUGAUGACGAAACAUUACAAGAAGCUAAGAGAGCUCUCGGUACAGUAGCUCUAAGUGAAGAAACUGUGCGUUUUGCUAAUCCAGAAGUUCGUCCACCAACUCUGCAAGUCGCUUUGCAGUCAGCACUUAACAAAAAGUUUGUAAAAUGCAUCGUAAAAGCUAAUAAGGAUUUAGGCCAUGGAUCUGCUGAAAGAUCUACCAUUUUUAUUGACUUGGAGCCAAAGGAAGAAAUAAAAUACGAUCCAGGUGAUCAUGUAGGAAUCAUUGCGUGCAAUCGCAAGGAAUUGGUUGAUAGCGUAUUGAUUAGACUGAAGGAUGUUGAUGAUUAUGAUAAACCUCUACAGCUACAACUAAUGAAGGAAACCCAUACAUCCAGUGGUCCUGUAAAGUCUUGGGAACCCCACGAGAGACUCCCAGUAAUGAGUGUUCGGGAGUUAUUUACACGUUUCCUGGAUAUCACAACACCACCUACCACUAUUUUACUUCAAUACUUAGCUACAACCUGCGAAAAUGAAGAGGAACGCAAGCAACUUAACACUCUAGCUACAGAUCCAGGAGCGUAUGAAGAUUGGCGCCAUUUCAAUUUCCCAACAGUCUCAGAAGUAUUGGAACAAUUUUCGUCAGCUAGACCAAGCGCAUCAUUACUCGCUGCACUUCUCUCACCUCUGCAGCCAAGAUUCUACUCGAUCUCAUCAUCACCAUUAGCUCACCCGAAACACAUACACCUGACGGUAGCCGUAGUCACAUACCGCACCCAAGAUGGCGAAGGACCUCUCCAUUAUGGUGUUUGCUCAAAUUAUCUUAUGGACCGGCAGCCAGGCGAUGAGGUUUAUCUGUUUAUCCGAAGCGCUCCAAACUUCCACCUGCCUCAAGAUUUGUCAGUGCCGCUCAUUCUAAUAGGUCCUGGAACUGGUAUUGCUCCAUUCCGUGGCUUCUGGCAUCACCGUCGAGCUCAGCUCAGUUCUCGCAAACGUCCUGCAUCUGGCCCAGUUUGGCUGUUCUUUGGAUGUCGGACAAAUAGUAUGGACUUGUACCGUGAAGAGAAACAGCAAGCUGUGAAAGAUGGCGUUUUGACUAAAGUAUUCCUUGCUUUGUCAAGGGAGAAGAACAUUCCAAAAAUGUACGUCCAAGAGGUAGCAGAACAAGAAGGAACAGAGAUUCACGAUUUGCUCGUAAACCGAGGCGCUCACUUCUACGUGUGUGGUGAUUGUAAGAUGGCUGAAGACGUCCACCAGAAGCUUAAAGGCAUCAUCAAGAAACACGGUGACAUGACUGAUGAACAAGUGCAGAACUUUAUGUACACGCUCAAGGAGGAGAACCGUUAUCACGAGGAUAUCUUCGGUAUUACCCUUCGCACUGCCGAAGUUCACUCUGCAUCGCGGGAGUCAGCUCGCAGGAACCGCGUGGCCGCGCAGCCAUGACGCCGGUCCUCCCGCUUCCACCCUAACUCGCUCACCUAGCCCAACCAGCUCCCCAAUCCUUACAACUGCUACAUUCCUAUCAAUUAAAAUAAUAAUAAAAUCAAGUGCUUACCUUAUUUCCAUCUCAUCGUCAAUCUCAAAUUUAUCAGCUUCAAAAUUUCGCGAAGAAUUUUUUAGCAUCGUCAAUUUGUAUUGCUGAUUAUAAUGAGUCAAUUACUCCUCUACUUUUUGGCUUUGGUCAAGCAUUGUUUGGGCCACCCGGCCAAUACAUAGGUUGUGCGUGGUAAUGGGUCUUGAAUUUAUUGUACAUAGUCUUCACUAGCUAUUCCAGAGUUACAUUCCAUUUCAGUAUUAUUAUUUUUGGAUGCUCAUGUUCAGAGGCUGCUGAAAUAUUAAAAUAUAUUUAUACAAUUAUUUUAAAUGAAUUCCAAGCAGGGUGAUUUAAUAUUUAAUAACGCACAAAACGCAUAACGAUCUGAUAUGUUCUCCUUUGAAAGCUUCAUCAUUUAAUCGAUAAUCUGUAUCGAUUGACUUCGAAACAUUUCCGAAUAAUAAGAAUUUACCAAUUACACAGUAUUUAGAUGUAAUUUUAUUCCAUUUAAUAUUAAUAAUAAAAAUCUAUAAUGACUUUCAUUGACGUCAUAAAAUAAAAUAUUGUCCACUUAUUGCUAACAAAAUUUUAAAGUAUAUUUUGUUAGUAGAUUAUCGUAUAAAAUUUUAACUAGUCUAGUUAGUCGAUAAAUAUUUUCAAAAUUAUGUUUUGGAUGACAAUCUCUGAUACAAAUAUUAUAUUUUUUGCGUUGUAAUGCCUUUAUUGCCAAAUGUUGUACAGAUUGUGGUGUAAUUAUUUUAUGCUAUCAAUGUAAAUAAAAGUAUUUUAAGUUAUUUUAUAAUCGUGAAUGUUUUAGAUUUAAAAUUUAUCUUUAUUUUAAAUAUUUUAUCUGAAGUAUAAUUAUUUUGUUUAAAAAUUUUAUCAAUAUUAUCUACGAAACGACCAUGUUAACACAUACCAAUUGUACCUAUAUAAACUUAUAAUAUUAUUAAAAAUAUGAGCAGCUAUAUUACUAAUGUUUAUUCAAACGUAUUUUAUUCAUAUGUCCUUUAUAUUUGACUAUUAGGUGUGAGUGUUGAAUUUGUGAUCCUUAAACUAGUCCUAAGAAAUGUAUUCAUAUUUUCUAUUAUUCGUAUUAUGAGAAUUUAAUAUACAAAUAAAAAAAUCUUUUCUGAUGUUACCUAAUAUUUCUAUAUUAACAUAGCAUAUUUAAUAACUGUCUUCGCCGGAUAUUCACAAAUUACUGAUGUCAUAUCUUCUAAAUUUAAUCGAAUGCACAUUUGAGACUAAUGACAUUGUUACUAUCAAAUUCAUAUCACGCAAAAUAUUAUCGUAAGGCACUUUCAUCUUAUAAUGAAACCUGUUCGGACAUGUUGAGAGAAGCAAAUUAUGAUUGAUUACGAAAAUAUUUGUCUGUUAUUGGUCAAAUAAAGUUCCUUCGUAUUCGAAAA